CGGGAGGAGCAAGCGGCGCCGGAAAGUCACGUGGUGCGGGCGGAUCCGCGCGGGGGCCGCGGGCAAGGGGACCCGGUCACCUCCGGUCACCUCCGGUCACCCAGCAGCGUCCCCAUGGCUCUGCUCGCCCUCCUCGGCUGCGUCGGCGCCGUGCUGCUGGCGGCCACGGCCACGGCACUGCUGGUGGCCGCGCACCGCUUGGGGCUCCUCUACCGGAUCCUCCACAAGGCGGACCCCCGGAGCCCCCGCUACGGGGGCGAGCUGGUGGCGGAGGUGCUGAAGGCUCACGGCGUCCGCUUCGUCUUCGCCCUGGCCGGCGGCCACAUCUCGCCCGUGCUGGUGGCCAGCGAGAAGCUGGGGAUCCGCGUGGUGGACACCCGGCACGAGGCCACCGCCGUCUUCGCCGCCGACGCCGUCUCCAGGCUCUCGGGCCGCAUCGGCGUCGCCGCUGUCACCGCCGGCCCCGGCGUCACCAACGCGGUGACGGCCAUCAAGAACGCGCAGAUGGCCGAGUCACCGCUGCUGCUCAUCGGGGGGGCGGCCGCCUCGCUGCAGAAGGGCCGGGGCGCGCUGCAGGACAUCGACCAGCUCUCGCUCUUCAGGACGCUGUGCAAGGCGUGCGUCUCGGUGCGCACCGUCCGCGACAUCGUCCCUGCGCUCCGCCAAGCCAUCGCCACCGCGCAGUCAGGGACCCCCGGUCCCGUGUUGUGGAGCUCCCCAUCGACUGUCCUCUACCCCUUCCACGUGGUGGAGAAGGAGGUCGGUGGUGCCAAGAGCGCCCGGGGGUUCCGUGGAAAGCUGGUGCAGUGGUACCUCCAAAACUACGUCCAUAACCUCUUUGCGGGUGCCUGGGUGCCCCGGGAUGUCACCCCGCUGCCGGUGAAGGUGCCGCUGGCCACCGAGGACGAGAUACAGCGCUGUGCCGAGCUGGUGAGCCGGGCCACGAAGCCGCUGGUGCUGGUGGGCAGCCAGGCUCUGCUGCCACCCACGCCGGCUGAGGAGCUCCGGGAAGCGCUGGAGGCCUUGGGCAUCCCCUGCUACCUGGGGGGGGCGGCGCGGGGGCUGCUGCCCCCCGAGAGCCCCCUGCUCCUGCGCCAGAACCGCCGCGACGCCCUCCGCGAGGCCGACCUGGUGCUGCUGGCAGGCGCCGUCUGCGAUUUCCGUCUCUCCUACGGGCGCCUUUUCGGCCGCCAAACCGUGGUGGUGGCCGUCAACCGGGACCGGGCGCAGCUCCUCCGCAACGCCGACGUCUUCUGGCGGCCGCGGCUCGCCGUGCAAGGCGACGCCGCCUCCUUCGUGGUGGGGCUGGCGCGGCGGCUGGGGGGCUACUCCUGCCCCAAGGACUGGCUGGGGGGGCUGCGCGAGGCCGAGCAGCGCAAGGAGAAGGCGAACCGGGAGAAGGCAGCGACCCCCACCCCGCAGCACCUGAACCCCCUGGACCUGCUGUACCGCCUGGACGCGCUGCUGCCCCCCGAGAGCCUCUUGGUGGCCGACGGGGGGGACUUCGUGGGCACCGCCGCCUACAUCGUGCGCCCCCGCCGGCCCCUCUCCUGGCUGGACCCCGGAGCCUUCGGCACGCUGGGAGUUGGCGGCGGCUUCGCGCUCGGUGCCAAGCUGUGCCGCCCCGAGGCCGAGGUUUGGGUCCUGUACGGUGACGGCUCGCUGGGCUACAGCCUGAUAGAGUUCGACACCUUUGUGCGGCACAAGACGCCCAUCAUCGCCUUGGUCGGCAACGACGCGUGCUGGAGCCAAAUCUCCCGGGAGCAGGUGGCCAUGCUGGGCAGCAACGUGGCAUGUGGCCUCGAGUACCUGGAUUACCACGCGGUGGCCGAAGCGCUGGGGGGCAAAGGCUUCAUGGUGGGGCGCCCGGACAGCGAGCGGCUGGACGCCGUCCUCCGCGCCGCGCAGGAUGCGUGCCGCCGCGGCCACCCCGUCCUCGUCAACGCCCUCAUCGGCAAGACCGACUUCCGCGAGGGCUCCAUCUCUGUCUAGGGACUGUCCCCUCUCUCCCCUGACACCCCCCCAGUGCCCAGCAGCAGGGAUGAGGGGGCUGAAGGAUGCCCCGGCUGGGUGCCACCGUGGUGCCACCCGAGGUGUCCCCAACCGGGGAUGGGCGAACAGAGGUGUUAGGGCGGUGGCAUCGGUGCUGUGCCCCCUAACUUGGGGCUGGGGGGGGGGACAGUGGUGUCCCCUGGCAAUAAAGCAGCGCCGUGUGCCCCC